UAUUAAUUAAAUGGCAUCAGCUUUUCCUAAAUUACCAGGUUUUGUACCUACUUAAGAAAUUGAUGUAAAACAUACUUCAUAAUACAAGAAACCAAACUUUAGAAAAGUUUCAUCUAAUAAGUAGGAUAAGAAUAGGGAAAUAAAUUUUCUGCCAAAUAAAGAAUAUGCUGUACCUCAUAAAUAAGCAAUUCAAAUACCUCCAUAAUCAGGAAUGUUCAAUCCUGAUUAUAUGAGUACAACUCAUGCAAUGCAUCUACCUAAAGUAAGAAAACAGUUACAUAAUAGAAUGCAACUAAUGAUAGUGAAGAAUUAUACUAACCAAGUUGGGUAAAAAUGGAUAGACAUGUACUUCGAUUUAGUGGUUAUUUUAAAGAAGCAGUAGUAGAAUCAGCACUUGAGAAUUAUCGUAUUAGGAAAAUAACAAUAUUUUAUUAUCUUGAAGAUCAUUCACUUAGUAUGACAGAGCCGAAGUAAGAGAAUAGUGGUGUUCCUUAAGGAGCAUUUCUGAAAAGAUAAAAAGUUUAUAUAUGAUAUAUAUAAUAUUAGGUUUUAAGAGCAGACAACUCAAAGACAUUCAUAUUACCUGAAGAUUUCAGAAUUAAUUAAGACAUAAUAAUCUUUGGUAAGACAAUUCGUUUAUAUGAUUGUGAUGAGUAUACAAGAGAGUUUUAUCAGGUAAUACUUUAUAAUUAAUAUGUGAUAGUUAUAAGGAAUGCCAUAAGAGCCAUCAUUUGUACCAUAAUCAGACUCAUUUGAAACUAAGACAAUGACUAAAUUUAUACCAUAAAAAGAUACAGUUAUGAAAGAUUAUUUAGAACAUAAAUUAGGAGGAGGUAAAGUAACAUCUUAGAAGUAAUUCUUAGAAAAUGAUAGAAAGGUAAAUAAUUAAAUUAUAUAAUUAAUAGGUACUUAAAUUUUAUGUCUUUUCUGACAUUGAAUAUAUUCUUCAUUAUUAUUUGGCAGAUGAUACUAUUGAAAUAAAAGAGAUUAAUUCUGCUAAUUCAGGAAGAGUUCCAUUUCCAAUGAUGUUGAGAAGAUAAAAAUUACCUAGAAAAUUCUCACUAAAUCAACCUGGAUAAACUUAUGCAGAAGAUUUCAUUAGACCAUAAGAUAUUUAAUUUGGAUAACCAUUAAUUAUUUAUAAUCGCAAAUUCCUCAUUAAUGGUUGUGAUUAAUUUACUAGACAAUUUUAUUUUGAUAAAUUUAAUGUUGAUUUCCCAUUAGGAGGUUAAGAAGAAUAUGUUUAAUAAGAAAGAUCUAGUAUAUGAUAUUAUUAUUAAUCAUUUAGAUAUAAUUAUUCCACCACAUAAUGGAAUUGGAGAUGAAUAAGAUUCUCUUGGAUAUAUCUAUAGAUUAUAACCGAAACCUCCUAAAAAAGAUUUCUUUAAAUGGGUAGAUAAUUAAGUCAAUCUCAGAUUCUUAGCUAUGUUUAAUACAAAUAAACCUGAAGAUAAAGAUAGAGUAUUUGUUAUUACAUUCUUUUUAAAUGAUGAUAGUCUUUUGGUCUAUGAACCAACUGUUAGAAAUUCAGGUAUAUAUAUUUUUAUAUUCAUAUUAGGAAUACCUGAUGGUAAAUUCUUAGAAAAAAGAAAAUAUAAAAAUGUUAAUAACAAUAAUGAAUUCUUUACUCCAGGAGAUCUUAUUGUAGGUAAUGAAGUAUUAAUAAAUGGAUGGAAAUUUUAAUUAUUAGAUUGUGAUGAAUUCACUAAAAAAUGGUAUUCUGAGAACUUUAAAUGAGC